CUCGUGUGCCAGAGAGCUACUAUUAGUGCACAUAUCGUCUGCGACUACGAUUUCGAACGUUCAGAAGAAGGUGGAGAAAAUGGUCCGUGUUAUUACCCUGAUUCUUGUUGUCCAAGACGUUGACUCUAGAGCUCUGAAGACAGUUGAUAUAACCGGUUUACAUAUCAUCGUCGUCGGUGCAGGCCUUGCUGGUAUUUCCGCUGCAGUAUCGUGCGCGUUAGCCGGCCAUUCUGUUACCGUCCUAGAAGCAGCAAAGGAACUUGCAGAAGUUGGUGCAGGCCUUCAAGUCACUCCUAAUGGCUCGCGCCUUCUCAAAAUAUGGGACCUUCCUCAGACCAUGUGGUAUCAGGCAGCUGAACCAACACAGUUAACUGUACAUCGGUAUUCUGGGGCAGUGCUAGCCCGUGAGGUUGAUUUUGAUAAGAAAAUUCGAAAUAAAUACGGCGUACCUUUCGUUGAUUUACAUCGAGUGGACUUGCAGCAAGCUUUGUACGAACGGGCUCAGCAGUUAGGAGUGAAGUUCCAUUUGAACGAGCGCGUACAAAAUGUUGAUCCUUCAGUGCCGUCGCUAACUACCAUUUCUGGUCAUGAAUACCGCUCUGACCUGAUAGUCGGAGCCGAUGGCUUGUGGUCACGAACUCGAGAAUGUUUCCUAGGGACUGCCGAUCCGCCCAAGCCGACAGGAGACUUGGCAUAUCGAAUUGUUCUUUCUCUAGAUCAAAUCAAGGAGCCGGCAUUACGAGACUGGGUUAGCAAUCCCGAAGUUCAUUUUUGGAUUGGUCCUAGAUCCCAUGCUGUUGGAUACUCUUUGAGGGCGGGUAAGAUGUAUAAUCUUGUACUACUUGUACCAGAUAAUCUACCUCCAGGUAUCACGAAGCAACCUGGAAAUAUCGAAGAAAUGAAGCAGCUGUUUGAAGGCUGGGAUCCAGUUCUCACUCAGCUUCUAGGCUACGUUGACAGAGUUGAUAAGUGGAAACUUAUGCAUAGGGAGGAGCUUCCGUCGUGGAUAAAUGAAGCCAAUAAUUUUGUCUUGAUUGGUGAUUCUUGCCACCCCAUGCUUCCAUAUCUUGCACAGGGAGCCAACUCGGCCAUGGAGGAUGGAGCAGCCCUAGGGACGAUUCUAAAAUCCGUCACAAAGAAGGAGCAGCUCCCGAAUGCUUUGCACAUGUUUGAGAAGGUUCGAAAAUUAAGGAGUGAGGCUAUAGCUAGGGAAACAUUUAAGCAGAGAAAUGAUUUUCACAUGCAGGAUGGCCCUGCCCAAGAAGCACGAGACAUAAUAUUCACAUCACAGCUCGACAAAGAAAUUACAGGCGCUUUUCCUAGCCGAUGGACAUGUCCCGUUGUCCAACCAUGGAUAUAUGGAUAUGAUGCGAUAGCCGAAGCCGAGACAGUACUUCAAGGCAAAGAAUUGCCCAACAUUCACGGAAAAUCUCUACCACAAAUUGAAGCGAUUAAGGGAAAUUUUUGA